AUGCAUUCUUCUCCGUGUGGUGCAAUAUUUUUGGCUGUUCUUUUUAAUCUUUUCAACACUGCUGGUAAGUCGUUAAUUACUGUACAAUUGACUAAAUAGGACAAACAGGGGUCACUAAAUUAUAGUUCGCAUCAUGAAAGUGAUAAGAUUACAACGGAUUAAGACAAUGGAUUAUUAUUAUCUACCACAAACGACUUUUGUAAUAAAGAUGCGCAUCUAUGUAUUCACAAUAAAGAUGCGCAUCUAUGUGUUACUGGCUUUCAUUUGUUUUCUACACCUGUGAUAAACAUCUGAAAGAUAAACUUCAAAAAUUUCAAAAUCGUGCAGCCCAAAUUAUAGCUAGCGGUAGCUACGAGACCAAAUCUGCCGAUGUUCUCCGAGAUCUUGCUUGGGAUAAUUUAGAGACAAGGCGAUGUACAACUAAAUCAAUACUAUUUGUCUAAUCAUGACCUUACUGAUUUAGCCCUUGCGAAGCCUAGAAGUGAAUUCCUCAAAAAGAGCUUGAAGUAAAGUGUCGCUAAAUUAUGGAAUAGUCUCUCCACUGAUACAAAACUGCCAGAGUCGACUUAUUCAGAAUUACAAUAACACAAUUCAUUGAAACUUAUUCUGUAAUAAACAUGCAGGGUCACACCAAUUAAUCAAUACCAAUUAACGUAUAUAGUUAUUUAUCCUUCCUUUUUGUACUUUCCUUGUAAUUUUUAAAUUGUUUGACGCCCCCCGUGGAAAUCAACGUACUGUUGACGGGGCUAGCGUCUUGAAAUAAAGUUUUACAUACACCCUAUAAUAUGUCGUAUGAAUAUUUCACUUUUCCAGUAAUAUCACAGUGUCCCAAUGACCAACUUCGUAUAGACUGUUCGUGCUUCGCAAAACAGCAUUCUGAUAAAGGCGUCACGUGGGACUCGGCCAAGCAACGUUGCUCAGAUAUUCCAGCUACACUUGCUAGUAUUCAAUCACCCAAAGAGAAUGAUAUGCUAGGAAGGUAUUUGAAAAGUGGCGACAACUGGAUUGGUUUAAAAGCAGAGGUGAAUUCAUCGCUUUUAUUGCCCAAUGGAGAGAAAGCUACGACUCUAUUUCCCGACGUUAAUAAAAAGAGUUUUGAUACCAGAACAUGCAUCGCAAUACGUCCAAAUAGAAUCUGGACGGCAACAGGUUGUGACGCUGUUCAUCGCUUUAUUUGUCAACUACCCUUAGGAAAAG